GAGCUGUUUAUUUUUUCAUUCUUUGCUUUCUGCUUUUCCUCCUUAGCUCCUCCUUAAGCCGUCCUUCCUCCUUUCCCCGGAAAGAUGGCAGCCAGGAAGGCGUUUGCAAAAAUCCCCCGGCUGAACAGAUCCCGCUUCGGACUCCGGAUCCCCACUCAAACCCUCCCUGCUGGGUCUAUCGCUCCUUUCUCUGCAUGGACAGACGAUCUGCUUUGCAACAUGGAUCAACGUGAAGCUUGGGACCGCUUCUACGCCCGGAGGCAGAAUAACGGACCUCUCCAUCCAUUUGACUGGUUCUUUGGCUACAAAGAGAUCUCCACGCUUCUCGGCUCCGUUCUUGGGGGGCUGCCCUCUGGCCAGACGCGGGUCUUAGAUGUCGGCUGUGGCGCUUCGUCCUUGGGCUUGGAGCUCUACCGUCGCUCGCCCGUCCAGCUUCACGUCUCUUGUCUGGAUUUUUCCUCCGCAGCCAUCCAGUGUCUCGCACAAAUGCUGCGGGAGAGCCCUCCGCCGCGCCACCCGCGGUCCGAGCUGGAGUGCCACCUGGGCGAGGCCACCGAGCUAUCCCGCCUCUUUGCUUUGGGGUCUUUCCACUUAGUUCUCGACAAAGGGACCUGCGAUUCGGUCCUACGGGGAUGCCCGCAGCGAGCAAGACGCUUAGUGUCCGAGUGUCUACGAGUCCUGAGGCCGGAGGGAUGCCUCAUCCAGAUUUCCGACGAGGAUCCGGAUGCUAGGGUGCCGUUCCUGGAAACGGCUGGCAGGGCCAACAUCAACAUCGGGGAGAUCGCCAACCUUAGCGGCAUCUCGUAUUAUGCUUACACACUUAGCCUCAAAGCUCCAGACCCAUCAGAUGUGGGGCAGCCCUCCAAGUCUCCGAGGAAUCCAUCAUUGAGUGAAAUCUAACAACAGACGUAACUUACAACACCCAUAUAUCUUUUAUCACACACUCCAGUCGUUUAGAGGUGGUUAAUUUUAUUGUUUACUAGCUGAUAAUCCGGCGUUUCCCAGGUAUUUAUAGACGUUGAAGUGUUUGUCGGACAGGAGACAGGCCGUUCUUCCCCCUACUCCCAUCCCCGUCAUCCUUGCCCUUUUAUAUAUAUAAAACCCCUUGUGUCUGUGUGUUCCAGCAUAACUCUGAAACGCCUGGCCUGUUAAAAGCACAGCAAGUGUGGUAUCCUAGAGCGGCAAUUUGUUUGUGAUGUUAGUUCCUUCACAGCUUCCUCUGGAAAGCCAGCCAUGAUGUUCGCCCUCUAGUGGACCAAGGGGGAAUCGCCUGAUGGAUUUGGGGCAAAGGGCCCGGAUCGUAGACAGGGUGGGAAAGAGGAGCGCA